CCGUGCCUCGAAUUUCCUUACUGAUGUGUGUCCGCGUUUGGCUCGGCUCGUUCGUCCGUCCGGACGCGCGUUAGAGUGGCGUGACGACGUUGCAAUCGCAGGCGCCCGGUGUUCGUUCGGGUUUCGCCAUUUUUCGCGGGCAUUGCAUCAUUCUUCGUUUACAUAUUACGACUUUGUUUCGUUUACACAUUACGAUUUUUCGUUCCUGGCCUUGACGAUUGCCGUUGGAUCGGCUACCCGGCCAAUUAUAAUCGACAAGAAGAAGAAGAAGUCGAAAUUGAGCCGAUCGAGCACGGAACAUAUUGGUUUUCCUUAAAAUGGCUGUGAAAGAAAGACAAAACGAAACUUUAUUCGACGAAAUAGAAUGGAAUGUGGAAAACGAAAUUCAACUUUUUUUCGCCAUGAACGGACACAAGCCAGUUGGUAUCAAUAAGUAUUUUCACAUGGUAUGCAUAUGGGAGAAAUUUCGUGCUGCUAUUCACAAAGACAUUCCGUUAAAAAUAAUUUGGGAUCACUUGGAAUCUAUGUAUGACCUAAUGGCUUUGGACGAUAUGGAAGAUUUACCUUUUCCCAGUCACGAGAUAGAUUUUUCCUUACCGGAGACUGAAUUUGUGGGAAGGCCACGGAAAAGAGAAGAAUUAGAGAUAAAACUGAAAGAUCAGAGGGAUAAAUAUAAAGAAAUUAAAAAAGAAAAAGAUAUCAAGGAGAGUUCUAAGAAAGAUAGCAUGCUACGUGAUUUUAAAGGAACAAAAGAUGUAGAAAAGAAAAAAGAAGAGACAAAAAAAUGUAUGAAGGAAACAGAUAUAAAAAAGGAUAAAUUUAAGGAUGUGAAAGAGACAAAGAAAGAACACAAAUCAUCAAAAGGACGUUCAAAAGGAAAGGAAGAUUUAGAAGAGAGUGCAUCGAAUGGAAAGAAAGAGCGUAAAGAAUCCGAAUCUAGUCGUGAGCUUGCAAAAAGGAUUUCAAAGAGACCAACCAGACAAAGUGUGGAUAGUUCUUCCAAAGCUUCUUCCAGUCCAUGUGAUACACCUCCGCCAAAACGAAGAAGAAUGUAG